AAACAUAACAUUACUUCAAUUAGCUAGCACCCCUUAUUCAACGAUAAUAGCCAUAGUCUAGGUAGCUACUAUAACAAAUGAUAGCUCGCUACUAUUAGCUGACUAAACCGCUGUUAUUUAAUUAAAACAGCUAACGUUAGCUAGGCUUACAUUUUAGCUACAUUGUUGAAUAUUGGCUAGUUAGCUACUUAGCUAACUGCUUCAAGCUGGUGCUUUUUUAUUUAGCUAGCUAACAUGGUUCUGUUAAGAUGGAUGGCGUUACUAGCUAGCUGUGAUGGGUCGCUAGUUAGCGACCGUUAACUAGCUAGCUUAGUAACGCUUACGCUAACUAGAUUGUUUAUCACGCGAUGUGCUGGCUCAUGUUGCUAGUUAACGUUAGUUAAGCUAACAUGACAUCAUUGUGUGUCAUUUUGCCAUGUCCAUGCACUAUCAUUACUCUGUAAUAUCAGCUAUCUAGUUAACUGUCUCUCCUCCUCUCCUUUAGGUUAUUUUAGCCAUCAAGCACUGGCCUCGAGUAUCUGACUAGGCCGACAAUGGUUUGUGAAUUCCAGCUAACCUCGUUAGCCAGUAACGCCAGUACUAACCAGGCUCUCUGGAUUGUUUACAUCCAGCGCCAGUUUGCACACUAGCUGGGUAAUGUUGUUAGCGAGCUAACUGGUUUCAUACGCAGUCAGUUGUUUAGCUACAAUAAUCUAGCCAACAAGGUAUUUUAUUUAUUUUGUUGCAAGUAAGGGGGUUAGUUAGCUAUGCCACACUAUAUUUGGCUUUGCUACAGUGUGUGAAAGUGAUUAAGCCACUAGUUAUCCGAACACUGACAAAUCAGUUGGUGUCUCACAAGCAACCAUUUGGAUCUUCACCACAUCUAGCUACCUAAGUACCGUUAUGUGAAGAUAUCUAGCUAGUUAAUUGAAUGGGUUGUUAGUAGAACGGGUUGCUUAUCAAUUUGUUUUUGUGGAUGUAAAGCAUUGACUCAAUUUAAAUCAAUACUUGACACAACUGUUGUGACCACUAGUCCAACAGACAACUACAGGUGGCAACCGGUGCUAGGGGUAUUUGUAUUAGUUAGAGUGGAUUAGAUAUUGUAGAUCAUAUUAGAGUUGGUUAUGUCUCUGGAAAAUAUAUGUAACAGGUAAUGUGAUGUAUCACCAUUGAUUGUGCUUGUAUUGUUUUCACAGGCUGCAGUUGUGUUCUUGUGGAUGUGUGGUGGACCGUAAGCAGGGCGGCCACUUGUGAACCUCACCUAUUUACCUCGCCUCUUUGUCUUAUACCUCCUCCCUGACACCGAUUUUACCCUGUCUUUUAUCAUAAAUAUUUUUACAUGUGUGAAAGCAUGUUGCACAGAGACAGACCCCCUAUAUUUCUACCUCUUCGCAGUCUGUGCUCAUCAGUGUGUUACAGUAGUCUUUUAGCUGAAGGUUCAAAAUGGGGGUGAAUCUACUCUAUGCCUGGCAUAGUACGGUACUUGAAUUCCCACCCGUUUGUAAAUUAGCCCUGAUGAGCUGUGCAGGUUUCAUUAAUUAACCUUAAGUGAUAAACCAAAUAGCAGCCAGCUAGUUGGCCAAUCAGCCCCCUCCCCCCCACGCCCUCCUGGUAGAAUGAACGGCUCUCUUUUAACCCCACCUAGCCCGCGGGCAGCCAACUCCUCCCCGCUACCCCUUUCACCCUCCCCUUCUCCGUCCCCUCCAUCCCCCUCCCUGUUGCCCAUGUUCCCUCGGCCACCCCCCCUGCCCCCUCCCUUGGCCCAGCCUCACCCCUCCUCGCUGUCGGACACCCCCACACCCUCCCCCUGCCUGAGCUGGACGGAGUUCUGUGAGCUGCAUGCCCGCAUGGCGGCCGGGGACUUUGCCCGCCACUUCCGGGCGUUCCUCCUGGAGAACCCUCACUACUCCCCCGACUCUGCUGCUGCCUUCUGUCGCCGCUUCACUGACCGCUUUGUCCGACAUUUCCAGAGCGAACUGGAGGGAGUGGCAGGGGCGCCGGGUACAGCACCUGGGAUGGAGGCGGGGAGCUGGGCCCCCCAAUCAGACGCCACGUCCCUGGAAGAGGAGGCGGUCUCUCCCACUCCCGUCACCGAGGGAGCCUCCUACCACUCCUGUGCCCCAGCCAACCCGGUGAGAGCCCUGCCCAAGCCUGCCUCCACACGACUGGUGUUGGAAACCAGAAGUGGGGACCAAUUUCAAGACUCCUAUGCUGUCACAACAGUCCUCCCCCCAUCCUCCUCCUCCUCCUGCUCCUCCUCAGUGGGAGGAGGAAACAACGGCAGGCGGGAACAGAGGGGUGCCCUAGUUACUGUUAAACACUUCACUGGCGUCGGCACAGGCAAUGGAGAAACGACAGCCGAGGAAGAGGAGGAAAGCUGGGCGGGCGUAACGGUCAUGGAGGAGGAGGUGGAGCCAGAUGAGGGGGAGGCGGAGCUGGAAGUUUGCUUGGACAAUGAAGACCCCUCCCAUAUGCCCCAAACGCCUGCCUCCCCUUGCUCCGACACAACUCCUCCCCGCUCCAAGGGUAAUGGCACCCCGGCCUCGGCAGGAAGCCAGUCCAAAACCAAACUGAAGAAGCGCUUCUCUCUGCGGAGUGUUGGGCGCAGCGUGCGGGGUAGUGUCCGGGGCAUCCUGCACUGGCGCAGCUCAUCCAGCGACUCCCCCCAGAGCUCCUCCCAGCUGCCCUCCAGCUACAGCUACACAAUGGGGGUCCAGGACGCUGCCACCGGCUCUUCCUCCAAGAGGAACUCUGGCACUCAGCCCCCUACACCCACCUCCUCCAUGCCUGUCUCUCUCUCCCUGCCCCUCUCCCUCCCCCACUCCUCCUCCUCCUCCCUGCCCCCAUCUUCCUCCAGUAGUGCCACCUCCCUCUCGCUAUCGGAGGCACGGGACCGCCGGCGGAGCAAUGGUGAGGGGGGAGAGAAGGAGAAGUGGAGCCACCGGCUGGAGAAGCUGCGUCUGUCUCGCUCCCCGCCCCCCGUUCUCUCUUCGGCACCCACUUCGGCCGUGGUGUCACCUUCCGGCCUGCCCCCCAGCAGCAGCAGCAGCGCCACCCCGAGGAAGACGGGCCGGCUGGUGAGGGAGGGAGGAGUCAGCGUCAGCUCCUCCAUGCCAGAUGAGUUUGCCGGGAGCCACGGUGGUUUCCCUGGCUUUUCCUUCGGCCUGCUGCACCACGGCACACAAGAACACAACAACGCUGGUACUGGCUUAAACAACACCUCGUCCACUGCUAACGCCGCUCAGACAGCCGCAGUGCAGCCUCUCGUCCCCGGGGGCACUGUGGGCUGGAGGGGUGGUCGGUGGCACAAGUGCCGACUGGUCCUGAGGGAGAGGGACAAGGAGGGGGAGCGGGGCGAGGAGUACUAUCUGGAGUUCUUCAUCCCGCCUAAAUCCUCCAAGCCCAGGCUGACUAUCCCAUGCUGCUCUAUUGUGGAUGUGAGGAGCACCACAGCCCUGGAGGUGCCUGACAAGGAGAACACCUUCCUCCUCCAGUUGGAGGGACAGGUGCAGUAUGUGAUUGAGACGCGAGACGCUGUGCAGAUGAGAGCCUGGUUGAGUGACAUCAGGAACGGUAUAUGUAUCAGUGAACAGGAGGACAUAGAAGCUGUGUGUGGGGGACCCAUGGACAUCAGUGGAAUGCCAGAAUUCAGUGACCGCCUCUCUCAAGUGUGUUAUGGAGGUGUGGGCGGCUCCUCCCCGCUGAUGGACCCUCUCCCUCCAGAGUUACCGCCCCGCGCCCCUCUGGACGAAUCAGACGGACGUGUGGGUGGAGCCGGCCUGGGCACACCAUUUGCGGAGACGCCAGAUGCCACAGGUUCCUUCCUGUUCUCAGACGUGGCGGAGGCGGUGGAGCACCCUCUGAGCGAGUGCCAGUGGUUCCACGGGACGUUGUCGCGCCUGAAGGCGGCCCAGCUGGUGCUGGCAGGGGGUACGGCCAGCCACGGCGUCUUCCUUGUGCGCCAGAGCGAGACACGCCGCGGGGAGUACGUCCUCACCUUCAACUUCCAGGGCAAGGCCAAGCACCUGCGUCUGUCUCUGAACGAGGACGGCCAGUGCCGGGUGCAGCACCUGUGGUUCCAGUCCAUAUUCGACAUGCUGGAGCACUUCCGCGUGCACCCAAUCCCCCUGGAGUCUGGGGGUGCCUCGGACGUCACUCUCAUCAGCUUUGUGGGCGCCACCGCCGUCCGGCAGCCAGACUUGACCAGCAGACCCCGUAGCCCCCCCCAGCCUCCUCCUCCACCCCUGCCCCCCGGCCGGCCGCCACCCCCAACCCCACCCCAGGAACGAGGGAACGAGACCGAGCUGGGAGGAGGUGGAGGAGGAACUGCAGCAACUGCAGGAGGAGGUGAAGGAGUGGAGGACUGGGAGGAGAGGGAAGCUCCUCUUCGCCAACUGGAGGGGGUGGAGGGCGAAGAGCGGGAAGGAGGGAGGGCAAGAGCCAUUGACAACCAGUACUCCUUCUUCUGAGGAGGGAGGGGGGUGUUUGUGCGAAAGGGAGAGUGGAGGAGGCGGGAGUCAUAGCCAUUCAUAACCAGUAUUUGUAUUUUAUUACGAGACUGUGAGGGGAAGGGGUUAGAAGGAUGUACUAACACUAUUAAAACACAAGCAUUCUGGGAGAUUUAGCAAGAUGGAGAGAAAGAGAAAACGGGUGAAAGAGAAGAGAGAGGGAUGGGAGCACCUUACAACACUAAGUACAGGUACACUAAUGUUUAGCGAGAUAAGCUUUUUUGCCGGUACACCUCUUGGUACGCUUUUUGUAGACUUUUGAAUCCAUUUAUGGAUGUAGGUAGUGAGAGAUAUCCUCUGAACCCAGCAGUACCAUACCUCAAUAUCCUGCAGACAUUCUAAUGGCCAACAGUACACUUUCACAGAGGUAGAGAUGGAGGACAACCAUAUACUUACAAGGUGGCAAAGAGACUAGGCUAGAACUGGCAGGCAGGAUACAUAUACCUCAGUCACUCUUUCAACCUCACUCUUUCUCUCCGUCUCUUUUUCUCUCCACUCAUUUUCUGGUUUUCUUUAAUGGUAGAGAAGUGGCCAGAGGUAGAGAGAGCGAUUAUAUCUAUCCUUCAGAUUUAAAAAAAAAAAAAACAAAAAAAAAAACACUUUAUUAUUGAUAAUAAUGAUAUGAUUAACAAUAAUGAUAAAGGAAAUAAUGAUGAUGGUCGGAAAUAAUAGUAUUAAUUUUAUUUUUUAAAUGCCUUUUAUUGUAUGUUGUUUACUCCAUGUAAUGCGUAACACUUGUUCCUGCCCCCAUUCGGUUAUUUCAGUUGAAAUUUGUUUGCCUUUUUAAAAUAUUCCUAAGCCUCAUACUCAGUCUUUCCCUCACGCUCAUACAGUCCUCUCCUCCUGGACCUCAUCCAAAUUUAAUUUUAAUGUGCAGAAAUAGAAAAUAAGAUAAAUAUAAUGGGGGGGGACAUUUUUCUACUUGUGCCUUUCUUUGUUGUCACCUCUGUCGUACUCCUUCAACCUCCUACUCCUGGGUUGUGUGGCCAUGUCCGUCUUUCUGCCAUUCAGUUCAGUGCCUCUUUCUUUCUCUUUGUAUCCCCCCUCCUUCCUCUCUUUGUUUAUACCUUCACUUCUUCUGUUUGUCCUCUACUCCGAGCUUUGUCAUCUUUUACACAUCUUACCCCCCCUGUUCACCCGUUUCAAAUGUUGAUCUCUACUUGUGCCUUUCUGUCUCUGUCGCUCUCUCUUUUGCUGGGACCUUGUGUUGACGGUGGACAGGGUUUUGUCCAACCUGUGUGGUUAGUUUCAGGUACUACAUUGAAUUAAAUGAUAAUAUGAUAUAAUAUAAUUAUACUGAAACAUUUUGGCCUCGUGUGCUGUUGCUUUGGUUCACUGUUAUUGUUUCUUACUGAAUAAAGGGGAAGGAUGUAAAGGAAUGUUACACUAAUUCUUGCAGUUUUGUGUUGCCACAAAGUCCAAUGGCUAUGUCAUAAAAAUUCAUGAAAACAAAAA